CUAGGUGCCACUUUUCGAAAUACCCUGAACCCGACCAACCGGUUGUGUUUACAACAUGAUUUGCAACUAGAGUUUGUUUUGUCCACAAAUUUGUCCUAUUUUUCAACCAGCCUCCCUUUGAGAAUUGCCGACAAGAUGCAAUGCUCGAGUCGUAUGGGUGAGAAGAAGCUGAUGUCACUGGUCCUUGUGUUGGCCGCGAUGACGUUAGUCAUCAUGUACCUCAACAUCUCAGAGAACAGCAAAGCCACGCAUCGAGUGAUAGAUCUAGAGGAGGACCAAUCAGAGCUGGACCAAUCAGAGCUGGACCAAUCACAGCAGCUGUACAUAGUCGGCGACAUGCCGCCAACCCCAGCCGUGGUAAAGAGGGACGUGGGCCACUAUCUGUGUAUCCUCCAUACAAACGUUGUUUACAUCUACGCACCCGAGGCUGACUCUGGCAUCCUGCACUGCAUCAUGACCAGGUUCGGAUUCUUAAAGGACCUUUUCGUCACCCUUCCAGUCAACAAGAGAGAUUCUACGAACAAUCGCGGGUACGACGACGUCCGAUCCACACAGUACCUCCGUCCUUCAGGCGUGACGGCGUCGCAUCGAGUGUACCGGGAAGAAACCAUCAACGUGUUCACCCAGCCGGCCCGCUACGACAAGGAAAUCAUGUCAAAGAUGUUCCCAGAAGACACUCGCUACAUCAGCAUGUUGAGGCUUCCGAUUCACAGGUUUGCGGCAGACUUUAUCUACUCCAGAUUGGACAAACAUUUCAACACAACGGCGGAGGCAGAGUCGCCUAAAAAGUACCUAGACGACCCCGAGUACUGGGAAUCACAAAAGACCACGUCUCACUGCACCAGGAACUGUAUGUCUGCAGUUCUGGGUUUCCCGCUGGAUGGCGCCAUGAACACGAGGGACACUCAGGCGGCAAUGGACGUCAUCAAACAGCUGGACUCAGACUUCGCCUUGGUUCUCAUCUACGAGUACUUAGACCAGUCCUUGGUGCUGCUGAAGAGGUACAUGUGCUGGGGCGUCACGGACAUCAUGCAUUACGUUGGAACGACCCUGCUGCCCAGGAAAGAAACUCUAGCACGUUUGUCAACCGAAGAUCACAUUCGUAACUUCAGACGAGUGAACUCCAUGGAUUACUUAGUGUACGACUAUUUCAACAAGACGCUGUGGAGGAAGAUUGAGGCAGAAGGGCCGGGCUUCCACAAGGAGGUUAAAAACUUCCAGAACAUACAGAAGGAAGUGGCGAAGUACUGCCGAGCGGCCGUGGGGAACUGGACCUCGGCGAACCACACCGUCAUAGCGGCCAGCGACUGGAACAAGAAGUUCGACUUCACCAGAGGCAUGUGUUACCAGUUCGGCCGCGAUAGGCGCGAAUGGGAAAGUCUGCUGAAAGAGCGUUACUUUUCCUCCAAACGCCGCCGUCCCAGGGGGUCAAAACUACCGAUUAUAAACGUCUAGAAGGUCUAGAUGUUGUCAUUGUCUGGCAACGGUUGGAGUCGACUAUCACAGCUAUCACAGCUCUCCGAAAUAAGAAUACGGCAGAGUUUCUGUUGUACUAGACUUUACAUAUUUCUCACUGAGUCCACCAUUGGAACAAAUUAUUACAUAUUACAGUUGCCAUGGAAACAUCAACGUUUCUUAGAACGUUAACGGCUUCUUGCAAAAGUUACGGCUUCUUUCAAAAGUGUAGUAGUACUGUUAGGAGAUUUUGAUAUGACACAUUCAAACACAUACACUACAAUGUAGUGAACGUCCCAUUUAGUAAAACUAAAUCUAGUUGUAGGUGUUAUUGAGACAAAAGGAAGAGAAAACAUGGAGACAAUGAAAAUAACAAUAGCCGACAUGACCGUAAAAUUUGAAUAAAGAUGAUCAAUUGAUUGAUCUAUUUAUUGAUUUAUUUAUUUGCAUGACAUCACAAUUUC